AUGCCAUUCGACAACGAUUGUAGUCAUAUAUGGCUGCGCGAUUCAUCGACAUGUCGAUAUGCUAACAGUAUUACCGAUAAGUGGGAAUAUGAGCUUAUUAAUUUUGCAAAUCAAUCACGUGAUCAUACUGUAUCAAUGAUUUUUCUUCAAUGUCGAUAUGACUCUCAAGGCCGACAUCAACUUUUUGGUGUGAUUAACCAUGUGGCACUGGAUGGUUUAGGCUUUGUAGAAGCACUUCAUACACUUCUUACUUAUCUGGGUCAAAUGUGUGAUUGUGAAGAUUGUAAAACGGUAUCGUUAAUUGAUCGACAUCCAUUUAUCGAUGUACUUGGACGAAAUCCGACGAGUGAACAACCGGUCUUUAAUUUUACUCAUGAGUAUUUGUCGCCACAAGGACCGGACCCUGGUGAAGUCAACACCCAACAUGCAUCAUCGGCAGACCGACGAAUGAUUGGUUUGUUUAAAAAAUUUGAUCAUAUAACUACAAAAAAUCUUAUUGCUUUUGGAAAAAUCCAUUCGACCACAGUGCAAGGCAUGUUGAGCAUCGCCAGUAUGAUCACAUCGAUUUGGAUUAGGAAAAUGCGACCUCAAUUUCCGAUAUGGGUGUUAAACUGGUGCGUGUCAAAUCUGCGUCCGCUUGCUAAGCCCACCAUCGAUCCUAAAUAUUGUGUUUUAGCAACUGCACCAUUAGCUUGGGAGCACGAAGUAAACGAAAAUGCAUCUGUCUGGUCACUUGCUCAGGAAGCAUCAGAAAAACUUCAUAAACACAAUAAGGAAAAUAUGGGUUGGGAUUUUUUAAAUGCUACAAAAUUUGGUAUGCGCGUCAAACUUCCGACUACCAUGACAACGUCAGUUGGAAUACUACGAAUUAGAACAGAAUAUGGAAGAGUGAAAGUCAACGAUUUACGCGUAAUGGGUGCUAAUUAUGAUCACGUACCGAACAAUGCAUCAUCACAUAUGAACUAUGUCUACAUACAGGGUGGACAGCUAAAUUUAGUCACUACCUUCACAUAUCCUGAUCUAGGCUAUCAGUGGGGAGAACGAUUUCAUAAUGGAGUUAUUUAUAUAUUAGAAUGUUUUUCAAGAAACUCAAAUUUUACUGUUAAUUCAAUUUUCGAGUCACUGGGUGGCCAAAAACCCUGUGCGAGUACUUUUAAGUAA